AUUGCAACAAUUUAUUCGCAUAGCAUGCGAGCAAGUACCUUUAACACUGCUAUUAUCAUUAAUUUUAUUAUAUGUAUCUGUUUUUUUCUAUAUAAUUACACAGAGGUAUAUACUCUGGCUAUAAUUUUAGUUUCACAGUGAAUUGACUGUUGAACCUUACAGUUUAAUUUACAAUUUAAAGUGUGAAUAAUCAUGGAAGGAGACUUUAAAACUUUAUUCCGGAGAUUUUGUCUCGAUAGUAGCAUUUUGGGCCUUAAAUAUUUUUAUAUAUAUCCCGAUACAAUGUCAAGAUUGUUUUGGGCGAUAACGAUGGCACUAAUUCUCUACAUGGCGUGUCUGCUUACGUGGCUGCUGCAUGAACGAUUCGAGGAGAUGCCCACGCGAAUUGCUAUUGAAAACCAGUAUGAGCCUGUACGAAACCUAACAUUUCCAGCCAUUAUUAUAUGCUCGCCGAAUCAGAUAACCAUAAGCGCAAUGAAGCACUUCAAUAAAACUCUUGUAGAAGGUAAACGAGCUCUGAAUUUGAAAAUUAUUCUGCCACAAUUAUUAGGUUUUUACGAAUUAGUCGGGGACCUGAGUCCUAGAGAUCUCGAGAAUUUACAGAACUUAAUAACUCUUAAUCGAUACAAUUCCUUAGAAGUGAUGGGUAUGUUACCACAAAGCUGUGAUGACUUCCUGAAACUUUGCUUUUUCAAGGGAAAGCGAUACCCAAACUGUAAAGGUCUCUUUAAUCCGAUAUUAACAAAACAAGGCAUGUGCUGCACCUUCAAUAGUAAAUACCAUUAUAAAAAAAAUAAAAGGAAUGAAAGAAUAUUUAAUUUCAAACCAGAAACAACGUCAAAGACUGGUUUGAGGGAAUCUUUAAUUGUUGUCGCAGAUUAUAAUCCCGAUGACGCUCUGGCUGGGACUAUUCUGAAUGCAGGUGCCAUUAGGCUUAUGUUUACUGACUGGACGGAAUUCCCCGCGGAUGAUGAAUCAAACUUAGUUCAUCCUAAUUCGGAAUCGUUUCACAUUAUCCAUCCUACAUAUACGUACUGCUCAGAAGACGUUAUGACCCUGCCUGCCUGGAGUCGUAAAUGUUACUUCGAAGACGAGUACACGCUGCCACACUUCAGAAAAUAUCACAAAUCUGAUUGUAACCUGCUGUGCCAUGUGAAUGAGCUGGAGCGCCUCUGUCACUGCACAAUGAUCUAUGUACCAAAUUUGUACUUAAGUCGCGCUUGUAACGUUACCAGCAUCGAUUGUAUUGUGAAAGCGAAGAUGCAAAUGAACAAGUGGUACCGUACUGAACAAUGUGACUGCCCUCGUGAUUGUGUGUCAUUUCGUUAUCGUGUGGAAAUGAUAUUGGGCAACAUCGACGCGUUACCUCAUAUUAUGUUUAAUCCCUAUUCGGAUAUCGUUUUCAAUAAAACUACAACCAUUAUGCAAUUUCUCGUUCCGAGUCCUGUGUAUGUAAAACAGAAACAAGAGACUGUCAUGUCGCUCAUAACUUUAUCAUCAAACCUUGGUGGCGUAUUUGGAUUAUGUUUGGGUUGCAGCACGAUCAGCAUGCUAGAAAUGUAUUUCUAUAUUUAUUUAUUAAUCAAGAAUAAUAUUAAAAAACGGCUACAGAAUGUUUUGAAGAAUAAAGUGGAUAGUGAAUGACAAAAUAAUUGUA